AUGGAUGUCAACCAAACAGCGCUGUCACUCUCCCGAGAGAAUGACAAAUUCUUGCAAAAGCCCCUCGCCAUCGUCGGGCUUGCCUGUCGCCUGCCUGGUCACAGCACAACCCCUAAGAAGCUGUGGGACUUGUUGGAACGCGGCGGCAUAGCCAAUAACCAAGUGCCCAAAACUCGCUUCAACGAGAAAGGACAUUAUGACGGAUCUACGAAGCCAAAGACCAUGCGGUCACCAGGUGGCAUGUUCAUCGAGGACAUUGAUCCGAAGGACUUUGACGCUUCCUUCUUUGGUGUCUCGGGCAGCGAUGCCACAGCUAUGGAUCCUCAACAGAGGCAGCUGCUGGAGGUUGUGUACGAAUGCAUAGAGAACGCUGGCGUUCCCAUCGAGAACCUGAGCGGAGCCAAGAUCGGUUGCUAUGUAGGGUCCUACGCCGUGGACUACGGUGACAUGCAAGCGCGUAACCCUGAAGACCGAGUGCCUGAUACGGUGAUCGGGAUGGGGCGUGCCAUGUUAAGCAACCGGAUAAGCCAUGCCUUCAACUUCAAAGGGCCUAGCAUGACGAUAGACACGGCUUGCUCGGGCAGUUUGGUGGGACUGGAUGUCGCUGCGCGCUACCUGCACACAGGGGAGGCAGAUGGCGCAAUCUGUGCUGGCGCGAACCUCUAUUUCAGCCCGGAGCACAAUAUUGACUUGGGCGCUAUGAAGGUCGCCGGCUCUCUGUCUGGUCGCUGUCAUACUUUCGACGCCAACGCGGAUGGAUACGUCAAGGCCGAAGCGAUCAACGCGAUCUAUGUGAAGCGGCUGGAGGAUGCGGUCCGCGAUGGGGACCCAAUCCGAGCAGUUAUUCGAGGUGUUGCUUCGAACAGUGACGGCCGUACACCGGGCAUAGCUAGCCCUAACGACGAGGCUCAAGCAGAAGCCAUCCGUUGUGCCUAUGCCAACGCUGGUAUCACCAACUUCAAUGAUACGGCUUAUCUAGAAUUCCACGGAACGGGCACCCAAGCAGGCGACCCACAAGAGGUGAAGGGUGUGGCUUCUGUAUUCUCGGCCUCAAGGUCACCAGAGAGACCUCUGAUCAUCGGGUCAGUCAAGAGCAACAUUGGACACUCGGAACCAGCGGCUGGUGUUUCCGGGGUUCUCAAGGCGGUUCUAGCCAUCGAACACGGCGUCAUUCCUGGUAAUCCUACAUUCAUCACCCCUAACCCGAAGAUCGACUUUGAAGGAUGCCGUGUCCGCGCGAUUCGACACAAGAUCCCCUGGCCGGCAGCUCCCUUCAAACGUGCCAGUGUCAACUCUUUCGGCUAUGGAGGCUCCAAUGCUCACGUCAUUCUGGAGGAACCUAAAGUCUUGCUGCCGGGUUGGGAAGAUACUCACUGCUCCUCAUACGCAGAGGGGGCCAGUCUUUUUGACGAUGACGACGAAGAAGAAGGGAUGAGUAGUCACCCCAGUCAAGGGCAGAGGCCUUUCCUCUACGCAUUUUCCGGCAAUAACGAAGCCUCGCUCAAGGCUAACGUUAAAGCGUUGAAGAAUCACUUGACCAAUCCAGCUGUCAAAGUGUCUCUAGCUGACUUGGCGUAUACCCUAAACUUGCGAAGGUCUCGCCACUUCAACCGGGGAUACAUGGUCAGCUCAGCGGCCCCUGUGGACGAGCUGGCUCUAGUCACAGGCAAGCAGAUGGCCAGCGAUGUCAAGAUCGGAUUCAUAUUCACUGGUCAGGGAGCGCAGUGGCCACAGAUGGGCAAGGCCAUUAUCGAGGCCUUCCAUCCUCACGCCAGCGAGAUCAUUGCCGAGCUAGACCAGGCUCUACAGUCCAGCGUGGCGCCCCCGAAAUGGACUCUGCUGGAAGAGCUGACGGCUCCUAGAGAUGUCAGCCAUCUCCGGCUGCCAGAGUUCUCGCAGCCCCUUGUCACCGCCCUGCAGAUCGUGCUGAUCGAAGUCCUCGCUCGGUGGGGAGUCAAGCCACAGAGUGUCGUAGGCCACUCUUCUGGUGAGAUUGCAGCUGCGUACGCGGCCGGGCUGUUAAGCAAGAAGGAUGCCAUCCGAGCGGCUUAUCAUCGAGGACAUGCUGCGGUUGCUGACUCUGCCUCUACCCCCAAACAGGCGACUAAGAAGUUAGGCAUGAUGGCUACCGGCAUUGGAGCGGCAGAGCUAGGUCCUUACCUGAAUGGGCUGGAAGAUAGGGUACAGAUCGCCUGCUACAACAGUCCUACGAGCUUGACCUUAUCGGGAACUUUGGAUGGGCUGGAGGAGGUGCGCGCCAAGUUGAUAGAAGAUGGGAAGUUUGCUCGAUUGCUACAAGUUGACCUCGCCUAUCAUUCCACCUUCAUGAAGACCACUAGCUCGGGGUAUAUGAGCCUGCUGAGCCAAGAUUUUGCUCAGGAUGGUCCCCUUAAGGUCCCCUCUGGUGUUUCUGGAGAAAAUGAUGCCGUUCAGAUGUUCUCCUCUGUCACGGGCAAGCGCAUGGACAGGGCUGCCGAUGCCGAAUACUGGAAAAGCAAUAUGAUAUGCCCCGUCUUGUUCAGCCAGGCUCUCGAGCAGAUGAUUACCGCCAAAGAGGGAGCUGCCAACUUUCUGAUUGAGAUUGGUCCCAGCGGAGCCCUGAAGGGUCCCGUCUCUCAGAUACUCAAGGGAGAUGGUGGUCUCGAGAUCCCCCCCGGUAUCCAGUACUGCAGCGCCAUGGCUCGUGGGGAAAACGCUAUCGAAGCCAUAUUUAACGUCGCUGGGCGUCUCUACAUGGCUGGAGGGAAAAUUGAUCUGGCCCAGGUCAACCACAGAGAUGGCGCAGCGAAGCCCAAGUUUGUGGUGGAUCUCCCCAACUACGCCUGGGACCACUCGACCAAGUACUGGUACGAGAGCGAUUCCAGCAAAGAUUGGAGGAACCGUCUGUUCCCUCACCAUGACCUCUUGGGAAGCAAGGUCUUAGGCAGCCCCUGGCAUAGCCCCACCUUCGUCAAGUCUCUGAACGUCAAGGAUCUCAGCUGGCUAGUGGACCACAAGAUGGGCUCUGAUCUGGUAUUCCCCGCCACGGGUUACUUAGCUAUGGCGAUGGAGGCCAUCUACCAGAAGACGGAGGCUCUGCACGUGCUGGAGAGCGGCAGUCCUGGGAUCAAACAGCCCCAGUAUCGGUUCCGCAACGUCGAAUUCAACAAGGCCAUGGUCUUCAACGAGAAUGGCCAGGCCACCAAGAUCCAAUUCACACUAACAGCUGCACACACUGCCAUUGGGGGCUGGCAUCAGUUCAAGGUGUUCUCAGUGGCAGAGAACAACGCUUUGACGGAACACGUCCGCGGACUAGUUCGGAUGGAAGAAGUAGAAAAAGAAGCCAGGGGUAGCGAGGAAGAGCUUAAGCCCCUGGUGCUCCCGGUAGAUGGCAGAGUGUGGCGUAAGUCCAUGAUCGAUGUUGGCUACAACUUCGGCCCCAGCUUCUCAAAGAUCUUGCAAGUGGAGUCUCUCCCCGGGAAGCGCUUCAACAGAUCUUUGCUGUCUCUUGAACCCCCUACUGCAGAGUUCACACAGUCCACUUACCCCAUACACCCCACGGCUAUUGACGCCUGCUUCCAGGCCUGCGCGCCAUCUCUGUGGGCUGGCCAUCGCAACGCUGUCGCGGGCGUGCUCGUCCCCGCUGUUAUUGAUAAUUUGACCAUAGCCCCUACCCAGGCCACUCGUGGUUUGGCUUUGACGACAUCCAGGUACACUGGAAACGGACGCCCCGACGACACCAAGAACUUUGCCUCCGAUGCUGCUGUGUAUGAUGCGGAAACAGGCAUCUACGUGCUCAAAUUGGAUGGCCUUCAUUAUCACAGGAUCGAAACCGGUGAGACCGCGUACGACUCUCACACCUUCAGCGCGCUGUCUUGGAAGCCGGAUCUCACCUUGAUCACACAGGCCUCACUGGAAACAUUAGUGGCAGAGGCGAAGCAGCAGCACAAUAGUCAGGUAGAUCGAGGCGAUGCCAGCGUCAGUGUAGCUAAUAGCCUUGUCGCCAUGGCUGCCCAUAAGAAGCCCGUCCAGCGCGUGCUGGAGCUGAACACCGUUUUGGGUGAGCAUGAGUCCAUCUGGGCCAACGCCAUGGCCGCGAAUGAACACCUAGAGAAGCCAUGCCGCCACUUCUGCUAUUUGCUUCAAGACCCACAAUCUUUGGUGGAAGCUGGACAAAAGUACACCUCGGACAAGACGGAGCUGUCUCUGAUGGAGCACCUGGAAUACCUGCCUCAAGCCGAAAAAGAGGACAACCAGUUCGAGUUAGUGAUCGUACGCAUGUCCCCAGGUGCGAAGAAGGUAAAAGGGCUAUUCAAGAAGAUCAGGGAGGUGGCUAGUCAGGGAACUCAGGUCCUCUUCCUCCACCAACGAGAGAUCCCCACGAGACCUGAGCAAAAUGGCGUCGAAUCCAAUAAUGAAGAUGAGCAAUUCGACUCCGAUGUCUAUUUCAAGCAGCUGUCUGAUAUGGAGGAGUUCUAUGUCGCUGGCCACAUCAUGUUUGAAGAGGCCACUGAUUUGUUCGCGGGCCUUUCGCUUUUCAACAUCCCACAUACUCCAGAUAUCACGGGGAGACAGGUGGCUAUUUAUAGUCUCUCUUCCAAUCCUGGUCCCAACGCUGCAAGAGUUCUAGAUACUCUCCGAGGCUAUGGUUGGAUCCUGAGCAACUACGGCGAGAACGGUAACCAGUCUGUUGACCGUGUUCUGGUCCUGGAUGAACUGGAUACCUCUCUCUUGACUGAGGCUGCCAUGACUGCAGAUCGCUGGAACUCAUGCAAAGACCUCCUCGCCAGUGGUAAGCGGGUUCUUUGGGUCACUGCUGGAUCGCAGAUGGAAGUCUCCGAGCCAGACAGGUCUAUGAUCCACGGUUUGGCGAGGACGGCUAGGGCUGAAGAUCCGAGUCUCAGUAUGACUACACUCGAUGUGACGGGGGCAGACCACAACAUCACAGCGAGUGCAAUCCAGUCUCUACUCCAGCACAUAGGCUGCUGCUGCCAGCCCCCCGACGCCACCUCUCACGUAGACAGCGAGUUCGUGGAACGGAGAGGGCUACUUUACGUCAGCAGAGUCCUUCCGGACGAUGAAGUCAACAAGGUGUCGGAUGAUGUUCGAUCAGGUGCUCAGCCUAUCAGCCAGCCCUUCAACAACACUGAGUCCACCAUUCAACUCCACUGCGAGCGGGUGGGCACCAUCUCGUCAUUGAUGUGGAACGAAGUGGCCACCAGCGACCGCCCCCUCCAGGAUCAUAUGGUGGAGGUGGACAUGUACGCUGCCGGUGUUAACUUCAAGGACGUGGCUAUCACGAUGGGCAUCGUUCCUGAAGAUGAGUCUCUGCUAGGAUUCGAAGGCAGCGGGAGGAUACGCCGCGUGGGCAAGGAUGUCUCGAACUUCCAAGUCGGACAGAGGGUUGUCUUCUUCCGAAAAGGCUGCUUUACCAAUCGCUUCCACGUGUCCAGCCUGCGUGUCUGGCCCAUACCUGACUCCAUGUCUUACGAGGAAGCAGCCACACUCUCUGUCUGCUACCUAACCGCGAUGUACUCCAUCUACGACCUGGCCAAUACGCAGCCGGGCCACAAGGUAUUGGUCCACUCUGCCUCGGGGGGUCUUGGGUUGGCUGCUAUCCAGAUCUUCAAGCAUAUAGGCUGCGAGAUCUUUGUCACUGUUGGCGAUCAGAAGAAGCGAGCUCUCCUGAUGAAUGAAUGGGGCAUCCCUGCUGACCACAUUUUCUACUCCCGCGACAUCUCUUUCGCGGCAGAUCUCAUGAAAGCCACCAAUGGCUAUGGCGCCGACGUCAUCCUAAACUCCUUGACGGGAGAUCUCCUCGACGAGUCGUGGCGAUGCAUUGCCGCGGGCGGCACGAUGGUCGAGCUCGGCAAGCGGGAUAUGUUGGACCGCAAGGCACUGAGCAUGGAGCCCUUUGGCCGGAACGCGUCCUACCGCUGCGUUGAUAUAGGACACGAUCAAAUCACAGACCAGCUCCUGAAUCGCCUUAUGCGACAGAUCUUCGCUCUGUUUGAGAGCGGCCACAUCAAGCCCAUCACCCCAAUGACCGUCUUUCCCUACCAGGAAAUCGGUGCUGCGCUCCAGCACCUCCGCUCUGCCACUCAUCUGGGCAAACUGGUCAUUUCCAGCGGUGGCGAAGAGCAGCCAUUCAAUAUCAUGGUCAGACCACGCAAACGGGAGAUCCGUCUCCGUAAUGACGCCUCUUACCUCCUUGUUGGUGGUUUGAAGGGACUUUGUGGAAGCUUAGCAGUUCAUAUGGCUACUCUGGGGGCCAGGCGAUUGUCUAUCCUGGCUCGAAGCGGUUAUCAAGACGACGUAUCUCAACGAGUGCUUCGACAGCUAAAAGCUCUGGGUUGCACAGUGGAUCUGCUAAGGGGAGAUGUGUCGUGCAAAGAAGAUGUAAAGAGGGAGUUUAAGAAGAUAGGAGUUCCCGUAGCUGGUGUUAUCCAGGGGGCUAUGGUUCUUCGAGAUCGUAUCUUCACUUCAAUGACGGUUGAAGAUUACACGCAGACUGUGUCCUGCAAGAUUCAAGGCACUUGGAAUCUCCACAACGCGUUACUAGAAGAGGGUCAAACCGUCGACUUCUUCACCAUGCUUUCCAGUGUUUCUGGUAUAGUAGGAAACAAAGGCCAAGCCAACUACGCCGCCGCAAACACCUUCUUGGACGCAUUCGCCACUUACCGCCGAGGCCUCGGUCUCAAAGCCAACUCGGUCAAUCUCGGCGCCAUUCAAGAUGUCGGUUAUCUGAGCCACAACGAGGACAUCCUCAGCCACUUCGACGAUGACCACAUCUGGACGCCCAUCAACGAGCCGCUCAUGUUGAAGCUGGUAGAAUUUUCCAUCCGGCAGCAGAUUGACCCAAUGAGUACGGCCAGCGAAUCCCACCUCGUCACUAGUAUAGCUGUCCCGCAGCGUGAAUCUUCUUUCCUCUUAAGAGAUGGCCGCUUUGGAACCUUGUGCUUUGGUGAUCAGAGCGGUGAGUCCGGAGAUGCGAGGAACCAAGGGUUCCAAGAGGUCCAGAACCUGCUGUUGCUAGUAAAGAACAAGGCUAGUUAUAAUGCCGUGCACCAGGCGACUAUAGAAGCAGUGGUUCAACUGUUUACCAUGACGAUGAACCUUAGUGAGGCAGCGGAGCCGACCCGACCGUUAGCAAGUUACGGCCUUGACUCGUUGGCUGCUGUUGAGUUUAGGAACCGAUUACGAAUGGAGCUUAAGGUAGAAGUCACCAUAUUUGAGAUUACGACGGCUGCAUCUUUAAGUACAUUUUCGGAGAAGGUUGCUACGCGUAUGAUUGGAGCUUGA